AUGCACCUUACAUCUUGUGGUUGGCAUGCCUUUAAAGCCGUGUCUUUCCCUGCUAAGGCAUUGGCGUUUUUCUUCUUGAUGAUGGCAUUGGCUCUCUUUCGGACAUCCAUGGCUGCGGUGUAUCAGGUUGGUGAUUCUGCAGUUUUCAAUUACAACCCUCAAUUGCAUAAUGUUCUGCAAGUGUCCAAAUCAGAUUAUCAAACAUGCACAACCUCAGCGCCUAUUGCAACCUUCAACACUGGAAGUGAUUCAAUCCUUCUUCAAACCUCUGGGAAUCACUACUACAUCUGCGCCUUCCACUGUCAAUCUGGAAUGAAAGUUCCUAUCGAAGUCCCACCCGGCGGCAACCCGUCUCCACCUGCUAACGACCCAUCUACGCCCGUCAACAACCCGUCUCCACCAGAAAACAACCCGGAUACGCCCACGAACCCGGGAUUCAGAGGCUAUAUUUAUCCUCCUCCAUAUCUUCAAGGGUAUGAUCCAAAAUGGUCCUAUGGUGGUUCAAGCAGUCUGUCCUCCGGAAAACUUGGACUGCUGAUUGGUGUGGUUUCACGUCUAUUGGUUUUCUAUCUUUACUAG